AAAGGAACUCAUUCAUGCUUUUCAAACACAAGACACAAACACUAAUCACAAAUGGGAACCCGGACAAACCCGGGGCAUUGGCCUCAAAUGCUAUGGGGGGUGGCAUUUUGCCUUUUAGCCACUGCUGUUGUUGCUGAUGAAUAUAAACCUUACAUUUAUGCUUCUCCACCACCACCACCUUACUAUUACAAGUCACCUCCUCUACCAGUAAAAUCUUCACCUCCUCGUUACUAUUACAAGUCUCCACCCCCACCCUCUCCUUCACCACCCCCUCCAUACCAUUACACAUCUCCUCCUCCUCCAAAAAAGUCACCACCUCCUCCAUACCACUACACAUCCCCUCCUCCUCCAAAGAAGUCGCCACCUCCUCCAUACCACUAUAAAUCCCCUCCUCCUCCAAAGAAGUCGCCUCCUCCUCCAUAUUACUACAAGUCCCCACCACCACCGUCUCUGUCACCGCCUCCUCCAUACCACUACACAUCCCCUCCACCUCCAAAGAAGUCCCCACCUCCUCCGUAUUACUACGAAUCACCACCACCUCCAGUGAAGUCCCCACCUCCGCCGUAUUAUUACAAAUCACCACCACCUCCAGUGAAGUCCCCAUCUCCUCCAUACCACUACAUUUCUCCUCCUCCUCCAAAGAAGUCGUCACCUCCUCCAUACUACUAUAAAUCACCACCACCACCAUCUCCAUCACCACCUCCUCCAUACCACUACACAUCUCCUCCUCCUCCAAAGAAGUCGCCACCUCCUCCAUACUACUAUAAAUCACCACCACCACCAUCUCCAUCGCCACCUCCUCCAUACCACUACACAUCCCCUCCUCCUCCAAAGAAGUCACCUCCUCCUCCAUAUUACUACAAGUCCCCACCACCACCGUCUCCAUCACCGCCUCCUCCAUACCACUACACAUCCCCUCCACCUCCAAAGAAGUCACCUCCUCCUCCAUAUUACUACAAAUCACCACCUCCUCCAGUAAAGUCCCCACCUCCUCCGUAUUACUACAAAUCUCCACCACCUCCAACGAAGUCCCCACCACCUCCGUAUUACUACAAAUCCCCACCUCCUCCAGUGAAGUCCCCACCUCCUCCGUAUUACUACAAAUCACCACCACCUCCAGUGAAGUCCCCACCUCCUCCAUAUUAUUACUCAUCACCACCACCUCCUAGCCACUACUAAGCUAAGCUCAGGAUCACACAAUGUCUUCAUUUGAAUUGCUACGAGAAUAAAAGAAACUCAUGUCCUUUGUAAUAUAAUUUGUUUCAGCAUUUCUUUUCUUCAUUCAUAAACAAUUGUCUUUUGUGAUUAUUCAAGAAUUGGGUCUAUGUAGAUCCUUGGUGAAUAAUUUGUACUAUGUCUUCUAUUCCGUGUAACCCAAAUACUUUCAGUAAUAUCGGCAAGUACGUUUUCGUCCAAUGUGCAUUAUGCGCAUUA